GGUUUCUACUGAUGCCCUGACUCUCAUGGACACCCCGCGACAGCAAAGUUCUAUCUUUCUUGUAUACCUGCCCGUGAACCCAUCUUCUCUGGAAUCUUCGCAUUUCAGCGAGGUAGGGACCAAGAUCUCCGGGCGUUCCGUCGUCGAUCCUCGAGACCCAAUUGGAUCAGCCCCGCUUUGCCUUCUUCCAGUUCGCGAACUCGAGUGUUUGUCGCCGUUGGAUCGGCUUGCGCUCUCAGGGGGAAAAGAAGCAAAUAGGGACGUAAACCCCUGAGUAGUCUAGCCUUGGUAAGAAAACCCCUCAAUUGAAACUUCUCAAUUUCGUGGUUUUUUGCUCUCAGCUCUGUGUGGAAAUAUGUGAUGACCCACAUGCUUUCUUCUGCUAGAAACCAAUGUCAGUUGGAUUACAACCUCUGUCUCUGUCAGAAGUACUUCUAGAUUAGCUUUUGUGCGUUACUGGGUAGAAGUCUAUAUUACUCAUAGCCUAUGAUCUAUGUUACUUAUUCCUCUUCUUAAAAGUUUCUCUCACUCCACUCUCUAUUUUCCCUUCUUGCCAUGUUAGCAUCUGGAAUCCGUAAAAAGGUGUUUAAGUUCUCUAAAAUGAUUGCCACACUUAAUCACAUUGUCCUUUUCUCUCCUGUUGUCUAUGAUCAACCAAUAACUAAGCGAAACCCAUCUUUUAUUUCGGUUAAAGUUCGAUGUUUUCGCACUUCUGGACUUACCAAUGACACAAAAGUCUCCGUUACUGAAUCAACACAAUCAUCCAGUUUCACUUCAAAACUAUCUCGGGUAGCUAGGACUGAAGCUCAGGGCGUACUCUUUGAUUAUUUGCAUUGCACUAGGAGCUUCAGCUUCACGGAUGCUGAGCACAUAAGCAAGAACUCCCCCCAUUUUCUUCAGAAUUUGCUCUCCAAGAUUGAUGGUGAGAAAGAUGUUGCUCGGUCUUUAACCAAAUUCCUGCGUUAUAAUCCCAUUAAUGAAUUUGAACCAUUUUUGGAGAGUUUGGGUUUGAGGCCAUCUGAGUUACCGAUGCUUCUCCCACGGCACUUGAUGUUUUUGAGCGAUGAUUGUGUUAUGCUUGACAACUUUCAUGUUUUAUGUGCUUAUGGGAUUCCGCGUAGUAAGAUCGGUAAAAUGUAUAAGGAAACUACAGAGGUUUUUCAAUAUGAUCAUGGGAUGUUGGCUUUAAAACUUCAAGCUUAUGAAACAUUGGGUUUGAGUAGACCCACAGUUACUAAGCUCGUUAGUUAUUGCCCUUCACUUUUGAUUGGUGGUGUUAACAGUGAAUUUGUCAAGGUUCUUGAAAGAUUGAAGAGAUUAGGGUUUGAAAUUAAUUGGAUUGGAGGGUAUUUAUCUGGUAAAAGCACCUGCUAUUGGAACAGAAUGCUUGAUACUCUGGAUUUUCUUGAUAGAGUGGGCUUUAGUGAGGAGCAGAUGCAUUGUUUGUUUAAUAAAAAUCAUGCAAUGCUGUUUCAAGGUUCUGGGAAGAAGGUGUAUUUAUUGUUUGGCCGAUUACUGAAAUUGGGUCUCAAGAUGAAUGAGAUCUAUACUCUUUUUAUACAGAAUCCUCAAAUUUUGUCAGGUAAGUGUGUGAAAAAUCUUCUGCUAGCAAUGAAUUUUCUGCUAGAUAUUGGAAUGGGAUCGGAAGACAUUGCAAGCAUCAUAUCUGCCCAUAUCCAACUUCUGUGUUCACGCACUCUGAAAAGACCCAGAACCGUAUGCAAAGAAUUGAAAGUUGGAAGAGAUGGUCUAUGUAAAAUUAUGAAGGAAGAUCCAGUGACGCUGUUUGAUUUGGCAUCUAAAGAGAAAAUAAAGAGUACUGAGCAGGCAUCUUCCGAAUAUCCUAGUAGGCGCCUGAAUAAAACAACGUUCUUGUUGAGAUUGGGUUUCAUGGAAAACUCAGAUGAGAUGACGAAAGCUUUGAAGCAAUUCCGAGGCAGAGAAGAUCAAUUACAGGAGAGGUUUGAUUGCCUGGUGCAAGCUGGUUUGGACAGCAAUGGUGCGGCGAGCAUUGUUAAACGAGCUCCUAUGGUUCUUAACUACACCAAACACAUGAUUGAAAAGAAGAUUGAUUGUUUAAGAAGCUAUUUAGGUUACCCACUAGAAUCAAUUGUGGGAUUCCCAGCAUAUUUAUGUUAUGAUAUUGAAAGAAUCAGACAAAGAUUUUCAAUGUAUGUUUGGCUGAUGGAAAGAGGUGCAGCAAAGCCAACAUUGUCCUUGAGUACUCUCCUUGCAUGCUCAGAUGCACGCUUUCAAAGAUAUUUUGUAGAUGUCCAUCCUCAAGGCCCGGCCACGUGGGAAAGUAUAAAGAACCAUCCACCUUCAAGCUAAGAACUUUUUUUAUCCUUCGUCUUAUAAAUAUUUAUUUUCUGAUGAAAAAGGCACCACAGUUGUGUAACAAGUGAAUGAACUUUCAGUUAGUUGUACCUCUAUUCUAUUAAUUUCAUCCAUUUCAUUUCA